UAUAGUCGCAUAAUAUAAAAUAUCGAUUGCUUGCCAGCUUUAUGUGUGCAGCUAUGUGUAUAAAAACACAAAAUUAUACAAAACAGUAGUUAUUUUAUUAAUAAAUGGUUGUGUAGAGUAGUGCAGACGACAAGAUGCCAGGCAAGGUGGGUGUGAAAAUAAAGGCUGCGCGCAAUCUGCCUGUUAUGGACAAGAGCAGCGAAACGACAGAUGCGUUUGUGGAAAUCAAAUUGGCCAACAAAGAGCAUAAAACUGAAGUGUUUAGAAAAAGCUUGAAUCCAACAUGGAACACUGAUUGGUUUCGCUUCGAGGUCGACGAUGCCGAGCUGCAAGACGAACCGCUGCAAAUCCGGCUCAUGGACUAUGACACAUAUUCGGCCAACGAUGCAAUUGGCAAAGUAAACAUAAGCUUGAAUCCAUUGUGUCUGGAAAACUCGGGACAGCAAGUGCAUGGCAAGGGCACAGUGCUAUCCGGUUGGAUACCUGUGUUCGAUACAAUGCAUGGCAUACGCGGCGAAAUUAAUGUUAUAGUCAAGGUGGAUCUAUUCUCGGAUGUAAACAAGUUUCGUCAGAGCAGCUGUGGCAUACCAUUCUUUCACUCGCAAUGUGUGCCAUUUGGCUAUCGGGCGCAGAUUAUACAUGGCUUUGUUGAGGAGCUGGUUAUCAAUGAUGAUCCGGAAUACCAGUGGAUUGAUAAAAUACGCACACCACGUGCUUCCAAUGAGGCACGCCAAGUAGUCUUCCUCAAGCUGUCGGGUCAAGUGCAACGCAAAAUGGGCUUAAAGGCCAUAAACAUGGGCGCCAAUGCUGUUAUAGGUUAUACACAAUGCUUCGAUCUGGAAGGCGAUGUGGGCGUAGUGGCACGAGGAGUGGGUACUGCGGUUACGCUCAUCAAGGACACAUCUACAAGUCAGCCAAACAGCUCAGAUGUGGCGCUAAUAGAAGAAGUGCAAAAAUAUUUAGAUUUUCUCAACUGCAGUAGCAGCGGAGGCGGCGUCAGCGGCGGCAGUUGUAGCUUUGGCAGCAGCGCCAGCUGCAGCACGCCUCAGUAUCGUCUCAAUAUUUACAAACAGCCGACUGUAGCGGCUGCAACAGCAACGUUGUUUUAUUUAGAAAGCGGCAGCAGUGAUACAGAGGAUGCGGAAGUUAUGCAAAAUCUAUUGCGGCAAGAGGAUGAGCGUGGUGAGCGCACGCGUGAAAAAAAGUUGCGACAUCGCAUGCGGCGCCUAACCAUGUCCUCGCGCAAUGUUUUUAGUGAAAAGUAUGCCACAUUAUUGCGACGCAUUGAGCCCAAAAUACCAGAGACAGCCACACAGUCGCUAAGCAACAUUUUUGGAGGCGGCGCGUCGAGCAAACGUCGUCGCAGAUCGCGCUUCUCGCUGAGCAAGCGCUCGUCACAGGCCAUAAAGCGUUCCAUCAGCGAUGAUACGGGCGCCGGACCCGCAAUGUGUCAGCUGGCAGUGCCAACAUAUCAGGAGAACACGCGCUCAGCGCCGGACUUGGAGGUGGAUGCCUUUCAGCGUAAGUCCGACUACUCCUCCAUAGACUCGUCGGAGUCUGAGUCUGAGCUUUCAUUAAUUGAAACGCUUGCCACAGGCAUAGACAGUGCAGCAGCCGCGGCCUCCAGUGAUGACAGCGAGGAGGAGGAGCUGCAGCAGCAGCAGGACGAUGAGUGCUUGCAAGAUAACUGGAUAAAACCAGGCGAAACCUUGAGCUGCGAAUCGCAGCUAGACUUGACGCCCAAGCGACAUACGAUCAUGGGCGAGCUGAAGAGUUUCUCGCGUCGCCUGCAGCAAUUGAUGCAUCUGUCGCCGCCCAGUCGGCGUCAGUCGGGACAGUUAAUAACCAGACGCUCCUUUCUGCUGGCCGCUGCUGCACUGCAGCCUACAAUGGAGCGCAAAUCAUAUUAUAGCUCACAGCCGGAGUUGCCAACAUGCAGCAGCGAUGCUGCUGCUGCUCAUGAUAAUUGGCCAGAGCCUGGCAAUUUGCAUGCCUCCGCAUCCAUGCUGCAGUUAAAUCACUUGCCCAGCUAUGAGUCCAAUCCUAGCUUUAGUUGCCUCAACACUGCUGCCACAGCAACAACACUUAUAGAGCAAGAAGCUAACGCAGCGCCACCAAACACGUUGCUGUUAAAUGCGCCCGUGUUGCGCGUUUGCCCCUCAACACCCACGCCCAGCGAAAUCGAUCUUAGUGCACAGUUUUCAGAAUAUGUCCAUAGCGCAGUUAAUCUUACCCAACUAGAACAUGUUGUAAAUAUAAAUUCUAAUAGUACUAACCAUAGUAACAACAAUAAUGAAUCAUCAUUGCUUGCUCCAUGCUAUUCUGUUUCGACAUUUGCCAUACCAAACGAACAACCACGACAACAACAACAACAACAACUACGACGUUCAACUAGGUCCAGCAGUGAUCUGCAGCAACAACAACAACAACAGCAGGUGCAGCCAGUCGCAGCAGCAGCAGUCACAGCAGCUCCUGCUAGCAGCCAGAGCGUGCUCAUACCCACCACCAUAGCAAAUAUUGAGAACAAUGCCAAGAAGUUUGCGUCUCCCGUGAACAAUCGCCUAAAACUUACACCCAGUCCCUCCAAGAGCGGCAUUUCGUCGUCGGGCGCCAAUGCAGAUAGCGUCUCCACAUCCACCACUUCGACAGCCACCACCAUGGUGCCCACCAAAGAUGUGGGUGAGAUAUGUCGUCGCUCAUCCGACUCCGAUCUGAGUGUUACACCAAAAGGCAUUGCCUACACAUUGCAUCGCAAGCGCAACUCUAUAUGUGUGGCAAGUGAACGUCUUGUGGCUGCCACAGCCAUGAUGCGCUUGACCACACCCACAGUGGGCAAAGCGAAUGACAGCCUGGACAUGCUGGAGUAUCCGUUUCUAACUAUGACCAAGUAUCCAUCCGGCUUUAUACUGCAUCUGGGCGCCACUGUAGCUGCGCGUUCGGUGAAGCUGCUGGAGCGCGUUGCCAAUCCGGAUGAGCCCGAGUUGCGUGACAGCUGGUGGACAGAGCUGCGCAUGGAAAUACGAUCACAUGCACGCUCCUUGGGUUGCAAUGUAGUGCUGGGCUAUACGGAGUCCACAACAAUAUCCGAUGAUGUUUGUGUUUUGUCUGCCACGGGCACAGCUGCUGUCAUCAACAUGGUCUUCAAUCGUUCUGUGUCCCAAACGGAUAUUUUUGCCAUGUCCAAGGCUGGCAAUAAUGUCAGCGGCAUGUCCAACUCGAUGGAGGAGCGCGAUGCUAAUGGCAGCAUGGGUGAAGCAGGCACGGGCAGCAAGGACAGCGGCUCUGUGGGCACAGCGAAUAGCUCGGCCAGCAAACGUUAUGGCUUGCCAGCGCCGAAUCCGCCACGCAAUGCCUGCGCCAUUUGCCAUGUGCCGUAUAAUCUAAGCUCAGUGCCAUUUAAUGUCAAGAUGAAGAAGUGCGCCAUUUGCCGCAAGGGCCGUGUGCCGGAUGUGCUGCUAGCCACGCUGGAGGUGCCGGAGCGCAUACAGGUGACCGGACGUGGUUGUUUUAUGCAAGCGCAGGUGGUGCGUGCCAAGCGAGAUUUGCGCGCCGAACUAAAUGCCAAAGAAAUUUCCGAUGGCUUGCCCUUUCUGGAAUACGAGCUGCAUCGCGUGCUCAUCAACAAGCUCAAAGCAAAGGGCAUGAAUGCCAUUUUUGGUCUGCGCACCCAAGUGGCCAUAGGUGAGCGCAUGAUAGCUUUAAUAGCCACAGGCACGGCAUUGUUCUUAAGCGCGUUGCCAGUGCCACAAGUGCCCAAAAUUGUUGCCGGCAAUUCCUGGACGGACAAGCAAAAGCUCAAUGAGCUGCAAAAGAAACUGCAAGAGACCUUUGAACGUAAUCAGGAAAUCUAUCAGCUCAAGAGCAUGGAUCCCGAUCUGGCCACAAGUGGUGCUGCAGGCGAUAAGCAAUCGGACACUGAUGACUCGGAUGAUGAGGAAAUGAAUGAGAUCGAUUUAAAUUGCGGCAAUAAGGAACUUUGUGUUUUGGAAGUGGAUGAUAUAGAAGAUUUGGAAAUCAUAUCGUUGUUAAUGGAGCCAUAUCCGCCUGAGGGCUUCCAUGUAGUGAAUACACAACAAGUGCCAGGCAUGCUGGAACUCGAUGCAGUUAAAAACUUGCAAAUGUUUACACAAGUCUGGCGUGCACGUCUCGAGGUGGGACAGAAUGUAAAUGGAUUCCAUAAACAUUUUCAAAGGCUUUUGCAAACCAUUUACUUCAAGCUGCGCACCAUGAUACCCUGUGCCAUAACCGAUCUGCGCUUCAGACUGGAUCUGCCCGAAACGGAUCAAAUUCAGCUGCUUGUUACUGGCAUGGCCAUGGGCUUAAGCGACGCCAAUAAAAUGAAAUAUCGUCGACGUGGUGCGCCUUCAACAAUCCAAGCAAAUGGCUUUAAUGAUACGCAAUUGCCUACGACAGUGCAUGCGGCGCAAUCACAGCCCGAACUCAAUGGCAAGCGCAUGCUGCAGGAGGAGGAUUAUAUAUUUCCGCUGGACGAAGACCAAAUGGUGGACACGCCUACGCCCACAAGCACGGCAGUGCCGCCUUUUGGCAUGAGCUCCUUUAAACUGCGCAAAACAUCACCUUCACGCUUGGGCAAUCUAACAACAGCAGUGCCAUCGUCCAAAUCAUUGAAUAUAGGCGCAGCGCCACGUGGUCGUUAUUUUCCACUGCGAGAUCGUUAUGGUGUGGAUUUGACGCCGCUUAGCUUUAUACCUGGCGGACGCAUUGAAAAGUAUUUGGGCAACCUAAACUUUUUCUUUAUUAGAGAAAGCACCUCCAUACGCGAAUGCGGUGGCAUUAGCGGCUUUGUGCAUGGAUUUAUUACAGAAAUGCUUGCUGUGGUGCGUGCUCAUAUAGCCUCGCUGGGAGGCAAUGCAAUGGUCUCUUUCUAUUUGACCGAAAUGAUUUUAUUUGAUAACCAGCACAAGAAUCAGGGUCAAUGCCUGGUCAGCAUCGGCGGCGAUGCCGUCUACGUUAGCUACUACGCCGAUGACUGAUAUAAACGUUUGCGGGGCAUAUAGCGCA